AUGGACGAUUCGCCCUCUAAAAGGCAAACAAGCAGGACAGUCAAGUCUUUGCCAACCACCCCCUCUAAGGCAGAAGGCGUGGAAGGCGGGAUUUGGGAGCUCUCCAAGGAAGAAGCCAUCCACAGAGUUGUAGAGCUUGAAAGCGAAUUGUUCGAAUUCCAGGAAUCAUCUAAGGACUUGGAACAGGCAUUGGAGCAUGAAUUACAUAACUUGGAAUUGGCUAACGAAAAAAUCGAAUAUAAAUAUGCAGUGUGUUUGGAACAGCUUAACGUCGCCAAUGCAAAAGUUGUCUCUUUAACCAACGAAAUCACAUCCAUAACCGAUAAGAAUAGAAGUACGGUUGAAGAACUAAAUAAUAAGGUCAAUAAUCUAAGGUCCCAAUUGGUAUCUGUAGAGAUAGCUAAUGACAACAUGGAGACGAAUGAUAGAGUCUUGGAAAAUAAAUUGGAAAUAGCUAACCUGUUUAAUGGAGAAUUACUAGAAAAGAUUGCAAUGCUAGAGAAUGACUACGAAAGAGAGAGAAAGAAUGCAAUUGAACGACAAUUGCACUUGAGUAACGCUGAAAAUGAAAUACGACAGUUGAAAAUGAAGUAUGAAGCUGGAAGCAAUGGAGACGCAGCCAGGAAGCGUAUGAGCUCCUACCCUGGCUCUAAAAGGAAUAGCUUACUCUUGAGUAAUGGCUCUAUUUUGACCACAAAAGGGAUCGAACAACUGGAUGAUGGUGAAGAAGUAGGUGACGUUUCAAUAUUGUCUAUGAGAGAUAUUCUUCGUUCUGGCCCCCCUAUACUGAGAGUUCCUGCAAUACCCAAGUCGAACUCAUUGAAGAAACUACAUGAACUCACAGAGAAAUCGGGUGCCCUCUCAGAGAAAGUGCAAGAUUUUAAAACUGCGUUAGUUCCAGGAGGUUUGAAAUCACCAUCCACCACCCAGCUUUCCAAGCAGAACUCCCUAAAGCGAAUCAACAGCUGGGGAAAGAGGUCAAGCGAAGAGAGGAGAAGGGUUCAGUCGACAUCGUCUUCGCUGUCUACGAUAAGGGGAAGGAUAUCUCCCUCACCUUCCAUCAUGAACUUGGCGCAAAUCAGCCAAGGCGACUCUGAGAGCUCGAGAUUGCAUACCAUUGAAGGUUCACCAGCCGCAAAGAGCGACUACACUCUAGCUAAGAAAAAGACAAGAAAGGGCUCGAUACUAGACUCAUUAAAGGCUAUCGGUAUAUAG